ACGUUUAUUGGUUUCAACGAGUAGAUUAGUUUAAAAUAUCUGGUGAUAAAAAACAAUUAAAAUGAAUUGUGCAACUAAAUGAGAAAUGUCAAUUGAUUUACUAAAAGCGCGUGUUGUUCAUUUAAAUCAUUAUUUUUCUAAACAUGAAUAGAAAGUCCCAUAGAAAUUAUAACUAUUUAUAUUUUUCUGUUAUAACGGCAAGCUGUCUGUUCAUAUCAUCAGGAAGCUGGGUGGUAUGGAUUUCUCCAAUAAUACCAAAAUUUUUAUCGAACGAUACAUCGAUAAAUCCACUUGGCGCAUCAAUAACUGUUCUACAAGUUUCAGCGUUGCUUUCUUUAAGUCCGAUUGGAAUCAUUGUUGGAACGAUAUGCCUUGGAAAAUUACCAGAUAUAAUUGGAAGAAAAGCCACGUUAAUAAUUGUAGCAGCAAUUGUAACAAUUGUAGAUGUAGCAUUAUAUUUUGCUAGAUACCUCUAUCAGUUUAUCAUAUUUCUUUUAAUGAAAGCAGUUAUUCAAGCUCUUUGUUUCGUUACGUUGCCCUCAUAUGUGGCUGAAAUAGCCGAUGAUCACAAUAGAGGCAGUUUGGGGAGCUUAUUAUCAGUAAUGUUAAUUUUAGGACAACUGUACGCUUACGGUUUGGGUAUCGUUACUUCGGUUAAAUCGUUUUUCCUGUUUUGUAGUUUACCUUCGUUUGUGGUAUUUGUUGUUAUUCCGUUUAUACCGGAAUCGCCGAUUUAUCUAUCGAUAAAAAAAGAUGAAUUUGCCGCGGCGAAAGUGCUGAAGAAAUUAGGUAGGACAAUUGAAUUACGUAAUAUCGAUGAAAAUCAGCAUAUGCUUCGUACAUACAAUCCAUCCACGACAUUAACUUGGAAAAGUCUGAUUUUUGAUAGACCCACUAGAAAAGGAUUCAUAUUGAACCUGGGAAUUAUAAGUUUUUUUGAUCUUUCUGGAAUCCUAGUCGUUAUAGGUUUUAUGCCUACUAUUUUUAAAGAUGUUGGUGGUAGUUUAAGACCAGAAGUGUUAGCUUUCAUAGUAAUGGCAAUUAAAUUACUUGUCACCAUUUUGGCUAUCAAUGUAAUAGAAAAAUUAGGUCGUCGUCCGAUGAUACUCACAGGAUUUUUCAUUUGUGGUUGUUCUAUGUUCGUCUUAGGUAUUUUUCUUUAUUUCAAACAUAAUGGAUACGUAUUAACGCAAGUAGUAAAAUUAAUACCAUUAAUAACUGUGUUGUGUUUCGUUUUUGCAUCCUCGAUGGGUAUCAGUCCGGUAUUAUUAGUAUUAAGAGCGGAAUUAUUACCCAACGAAUUGAGAUCUUUGGGUUCUAGUUUGUCUCAAUUUUUCGGUACUAUUAUUGCUGGAAUUCUAAUGUUUUUUUAUCCUUUAAUGUCAAGUUACUGGGGUAUGUACUACUGCAUGUUUAUUUUCAGUUUCAUUUGCUUCUGUGCUUUUGGUUUCUUAUAUCUAUUAUUACCUGAAACUAAAGGUAAAAGUUUCAGUGAAAUUAGAAAAAUAUUGGAUAGAUAGUUAUUAUUGCAAGGAAUGAAUUUUUCAAUUAAUUUUUGAAAUCUCCGUAAAAUUUAAGUAUACUUUUGUCUGAAAACUUUUUUCAAAAAAUGCAUACUUUUUAAAUUAAUAAUUUUUUUGUAAAAAAAUUUGACCAUUACAGACCUUUAUAAAUUAUUUUUUUACGAGCGUACCCUUAAAGAUAUGAAAAUGGUUUUUGUUCGGUUGCUUUAAGCAAGGGCAGACGUAUUUGAAUCUAUGUUAAGAAAGUUUUUAUUUUAUACAAGGUGUGUAUAAAAAGUGCUCAAAGUUUAUCUUCAUAAAAAUCAAAUUUAUUAAUAGAACCAUCCAUUUUUUUCUAUUUUAAUGCAUUCAACUUUCUUUGCUGCAAGAUAUCAGAUAGACCACGACCAAACUCGCAUAUUGUUAGAAGAAUUCUCAACAAUUUGAAGCUAUACGGUUCAUCUUAAGUUAAUCGAAUUAAACCAGUUAUUGACCCGCAUCUGCAUCUCUAAAAAUUUACAGUUAAACUUUGAACACUUUUUAUACACACCCUGUAUAAAAUCAAAAAUUUUUCAGCAUAUAUUCAAAUACGUCUGACCUUGCUUAAAGCAAUCGAAUAGAAACCAUUUUCAUAUCUUUAAGGGUAUCCUCGUAAAAAAUAAUUUAUAAGGAUCUACAACCAGGUCAAAUUUUUUACAAAAAAAUUGAUAACUCAAAAAGCAUGCAUUUUUCGAAAAAAGUUUUUAGACAAAACUAUAUUAAAAUUUUACGUAGAGUUCAAAAAUGUAUCAAUAUAUAGGGUGUUUUAUUCAAAAUAACAAAGUUCCAGUCGAUUUUUGGUUGAACCGGAAAUCGGCCAUCUUUGAAAAUGUUUUAGUUGAAAAGAUCGUAUCCAAAAAUUUUCAUAAUUUUACUAUAAGUAUUUUGCCACAUACAGACAGUUUUAACCCGUCGUGGGACACCCUGUAUAGUGUGGUUUAUUUAGACUGGAAACAGAUAUACAGUAGUCGAACAAUAUUCUUUCUAUCGAUUUAUUCCAAACUUUCUGGUUCCCAUUGUAGCAUUGAACGAAAUUUGACUGGUCCGCAAAAAAAAGCGACCCGGGCGACACUCCCGCAAGCUACUGGCAAAAAACUGAAUACGCAAUUGGAUUUUUCUCAGUAAAAUCUCAAAGUUAAUAACAUUAGCUUCAAACUGAUCGGUAACCACCCUUUUUUCAUGCUUGUUUACAAUAGUGCUAACCAGAAGUAAUUGACUAUGAAAGGUUAUCUAUUUGACCCACCAUCAUCAAACGUGAUAAUAGACACAAGUGAUAAAGCUGCUUCAUCAAGUGGCGAGUGCGCUGAACAUGAGUCAGUCUGCAGAGUUUACCGUCGUUAUCAAUAGAGUCGUAACUUUCAUCGAAGACGCUGUUCCAGAAGAAAAAGGUGCUUAUUCGAGAGAACAGACCGAUUCAUUGUCAUCACAUCGCUGAGAAAACGUGCCCUCACUGGUGUUCAUGUCUAACAAGAGUUCAAAGAAACGCGAAGAUUGGCUAUGAGUUACUGGAUAGUCAGAUGAAGACUUAAGGCAGCUAAACUUGAGCCCACCGAGCAGCCCGUCAAUGAUUUCCCAUAGAACACGAUAAUUGGACCCCCGUUUCUUUCCAGACGAAGCGGGGGGAUUAACAGCGAACCAAACACAGAAGAAAUCCCAGGGGAUGUCAGUUUUAUCGGCGGAAACUUCAUCCUAAUACAGAAAAAUGUUGGUAUAUGAUGUCGAAAUUGUUGUUAUGGAUUAGCCAGCUCGUAACCUGGACCACAAACGACGCUUACUGAAGAAUUUGAUAGCAUCGAAAAAGAUCAAGUAAAUAAACUUAUUCAAUUCAUGGAAAAGCGAUCGGGAGAUGACGUUAAUACACAUCAGAAAUUAUCAAUCAACAUAAAGUGACAAUCGACUUCAAUCAGCUUCAAUGGAUGUAAGGCGACAAUAUCUGACAAAGGUAAAUGCCAAUACAGCCAAACAUAUAAGAAUUGGUGUGAUUCGGCCUCAAGCGACGUCAAUAAAUAUCAACAUAAAGUGACACUCGAUCUCAAUCGGCUUCAAUGGAUGUAAGGCGACAAUAUCUGACAAAAGUAAUCGCCAAUACAGCCAAAUAUAUAAGAAUUGGUGUGAUUCGGCCUCAAGCGACGUCAAUAAAUAUCAACAUAAAGUGACAAUCGAUCUCAAUCGGCUUCAAUUGAUGUAAGGCGACAUUAUCUGACAAAAGUAAAUGCCAAUACAGCCAAAUAUAUAAGAAUUGGUGUGAUUCGGCCUCGAGCGACGUCAAUAAAUAUCAACAUAAAGUGACAAUCUAUCUCAAUCGGCUUCAAUUGAUAUAAGGCGACAAUAUCUGACAAAAGUAAUCGCCAAUACAGCCAAAUAUAUAAGAAUUGGUGUGAUUCGGCCUCAAGCGACAUCAAUAAACAUCAACAUAAAGUGAAAAUCUACCUCAAUCGGCUUCAAUUGAUAUAAAGCGAAAAUAUCUGACAAAAGUAAUCGCCAAUACAGCCAAAUAUAUAAGAAUUGUUGUGAUUCCACCUCAAGCGACGUCAAUAAACAUCAACAUAAAGUGACAAUCUACCUCAAUCGGCUUCAAUUGAUAUAAGGCGACAAUAUCUGACAAAAGUAAUCGCCAAUACAGUCAAAUAUAUAAGAAUUGUUGUGAUUCCACCUCAAGCGACGUCAAUAAACAUCAACAUAAAGUGACAAUCGAUCUCAAUCGGCUUCAAUUGAUAUGAGGCGACAAUAUCUGACAAAAGUAAAUGCCAAUACAGCCAAAUAUAUAAGAAUUGGUGUGAUUCGGCCUCAAGCGACGUCAAUAAACAUCAACAUAAAGUGAAAAUCUACCUCAAUCGGCUUCAAUUGAUAUAAAGCGAAAAUAUCUGACAAAAGUAAUCGCCAAUACAGCCAAAUAUAUAAGAAUUGUUGUGAUUCCACCUCAAGCGACGUCAAUAAACAUCAACAUAAAGUGACAAUCGAUCUCAAUCGGCUUCAAUUGAUAUGAGGCGACAAUAUCUGACAAAAGUAAAUGCCAAUACAGCCAAUUAUAUAAGAAUUGGUGUGAUUCGGCCUCAAGCGACGUCAAUAAACAUCAACAUAAAGUGAAAAUCUACCUCAAUCGGCUUCAAUUGAUAUAAAGCGAAAAUAUCUGACAAAAGUAAUCGCCAAUACAGCCAAAUAUAUAAGAAUUGUUGUGAUUCCACCUCAAGCGACGUCAAUAAACAUCAACAUAAAGUGACAAUCGAUCUCAAUCGGCUUCAAUUGAUAUGAGGCGACAAUAUCUGACAAAAGUAAUCGCCAAUACAGUCAAAUAUAUAAGAAUUGUUGUGAUUCCACCUCAAGCGACGUCAAUAAACAUCAACAUAAAGUGACAAUCGAUCUCAAUCGGCUUCAAUUGAUAUAAGGCGACAAUAUCUGACAAAAGUAAUCGCCAAUACAGCCAAAUAUAUAAGAAUUGGCGUGAUUCGGCCUCAAGCGACGUCAAUAAACAUCAACAUAAAGUGACAAUCGAUCUCAAUCGGCUUCAAUUGAUAUGAGGCGACAAUAUCUGACAAAAGUAAUCGCCAAUACAGUCAAAUAUAUAAGAAUUGGCGUGAUUCGACCUAAAGCGACGUCAAUAAACAUCAACAUAAAGUGACAAUCGAUCUCAAUCGGCUUCAAUUGAUAUGAGGCGACAAUAUCUGACAAAAGUAAUCGCCAAUACAGACAAAUAUAUAAGAAUUUUUGUGAUUCCACCUCAAGCGACGUCAAUAAACAUCAACAUAAAGUGACAAUCGAUCUCAAUCGGCUUCAAUUGAUAUAAGGCGACAAUAUCUGACAAAAGUAAUCGCCAAUACAGCCAAAUAUAUAAGAAUUGGCGUGAUUCGACCUAAAGCGAUGUCAAUAAACAUUAACAAACGAUCUCAAUCGGCUUCAAUGGACGUAAAUCGACAAAAUCUGAGAUUACCAUAAGUCAAUACAUUCAAAUAUAUAAGAAUUAAUGCGAUUCGACUUCUUUACUGUUAAUUAAUAUAACACUUUCAAUUAUUUACAAUUCCUUUUCGUUUGAUACUUUUUCUAUACAAAAAAAUAACUCAUUAACAGGAUAAACUAGACAUAACAAAGCUAAGACUAAUUGCUUUAAGAUGCUAAAAUCAGAAAAAGUAAUUUUACCACCGUUGAAUGGUCAUAAUAAUAUUUACCUCAAACAAGUUAAGAUUUGAAACUUGUUUGCAAUUUAAAAGAUAAAAAUUUU